CGGAGUCGCCAAAAAACACUGACGCUGGACGCUCUUCGUUACGCAGGUCGUAACAAAGUUGGAAUGAGCGUGUUUUUUAUUUUGUUACUGCGACAACUAAUAACACCAUGGAGAACAAAGACAAAAUAAUUUGCUCGGAGCUUUUUCAGAAGCACAGAAAGGUAGAAGUUGUUCUCUAUCCGGCUUUUCUUGCGUGGAAGGAAAUUGAGAAAAGCAGUAAACGGAGCUCUGGGACCUCUGAAUCAGAACACUGCCAGACUGUUGAAGUGUGUGAAAUUGUGGCAGUUCACAAGACAGAAGACGAAGUUGAUGCACAAGCCAGGAGCCCUCCGAAGAGGAUAAACCAGCCGUCUCCGCAGUAUCCCCAUGCAUUCACAGUUUCUUACGUGAGGAGGACCCGGCAACACCUGUGGCGCUGCACCGAUGUCACCUUCCACUGCGCCGACCAGCAGAUCUGCGAUCAGUGGAUCCAAGUUACAAACGAGCAGCUGUCAAUACUCACAAACCGACCCAAGAACCUGCUGGUGUACAUCAAUCCGUACGGAGGGAAGCGGCGCGGGGAGCGCAUUUACGAGCAGAAGGUGGCUCCGGUGUUCCGGCGGGCCGGCAUCUUUACAGACGUGAUUGUUACAGAGCGCGCUAAUCAUGCCAGGGACCACUUGAAGACGGAGGCCAAUCUAGACGAUUAUGAUGGGGUGGUGUGUGUGGGCGGAGACGGGAUGUUUAGCGAGAUCCUGCACGGCCUGGUGACCAGGAUCCAGACGGACCACGGUGUGGACCAGAACCAACCGGAUGCCGAGCUGGUACCGUGCUCUUUGCGUAUUGGGAUUAUUCCUGCAGGGUCGACUGACUGUAUCUGCUUUGCUACUCAGGGAACAAACGAUCCGGUUACAUCUGCCUUGCACAUUGUUGUUGGCGAUUCACAGCCAAUGGAUGUAUGUUCGGUUCACCAUAACAGCGUCUUCCUCAAAUAUUCGGUCUCUUUGCUUGGGUAUGGUUUCUAUGGCGAUGUUUUGGCGGACAGUGAGAGGAAUAGGUGGCUUGGUCCUGCAAGAUACGACCUGUCAGGGUUUAAAACUUUUUUGUCCCACAACCACUAUGGUGGGACGGUUUCUUUCCUACCAGCAGACGACAACGUGGGGCAUCCGAGAGACAAGCUGCAGUGUCGAUCUGGGUGCCGCAUCUGUCAGCACAAGCCCUCAUCAAAAGACGAGCAGGAUGAGGCGUCGGAGGAGAAGGAAAAGCCGGCUGAAGACAGCGACAGAGGCUGGAGCGUCAUCCACGGCAAGUUCAUUGCCAUCAACUCGGCCAGCAUGAGCUGCGCGUGUCCUCGGAGUCCGAAAGGCCUGUCGCCCUCCGCCCACCUGGCCGACGGCACCACAGACCUGAUCCUGGUCAGGAAGUGUUCCCGUCUGGACUUCUUCAAACAUCUUCUUCGACACACCAACAACAACGACCAGUUCGACCACUGGUUCGUGGAGGUCCACAGGGUGAGAAAGUUUCGCUUCCAGCCAUGGCACCACGACUUCGUUCCUCUGGAAGACGCCAGCGAACGUCCAGAGAGUCCAGACCUCAGUCCCGUCUCCUCUCUCCAAGAAACCUACGACGACUGCACCGCCGAGAGCAGCUGGAACUGCGACGGGGAAAUCCUGCAUCACACCGCCAUUCAAGUCAGUGUCCAGUGCCGGCUGAUCAGGCUGUUUGCCCGGGGAAUCGAGGAGCAGCAAGAUGCAGAGGUGGCCGUGUGACGACAUUUGACCAGCGUCACGUCCUGAAGACAAAGACUGAAAAGGAACAGGAGAAAAAAAAGACUUGAAAAGCCUGUACAAUAUCUACGUUUCAUUUGCACAAGCUGUCUUUCGAUGAUGAUAAUAGUGUUUGCUUUAGUGGGUUUGCGCAGUAUUGGGUAGAAAAUGACGAGACAUGUUGAAUUCAAAUGGAUCACAUUGAGCUCAGAGCAUCCCAAACAGACCGGGAGUUCUUCCAGCAGGAUGAAACGGAGCUGGACUCCAAGUAGAACAUAAAAAGUAAAAAUCAUCCUGCAACAACGUGGAGACACAGUCAGGGUUCAUUCUUUGCAGCUUUGUGCAAAGAAUGAAGAUGUCUGAAUUCAAAAACACUCAUUCAUACAAUCAUAUCUUUCUUAUUUAGGGGAAAAAAUACAUUUUUUUUUCUCCCUCUUUUUCUUUUUCACGUGAAAGCCGAUAUGAGCCACAGGCACUAAUAAAAAGAAUUAAAUCCCGUGACUUAAACCCUAACAGGACCCUGGUGGCUGCUGGGCGAUAGGGAGAAGUGCUUCCUGAAUGACUCGGAGUGUCUCGGCGCUGCUGUGCCGCACCUGUGGCUCCGAGUCGUGCUCCUCUCCUUUCCGGCUCAAAGAACCGCUCGCGGUUUAAUCACCACCUGGGAGCAGGCGGAUUUCUGCGUUGUUAAUGUCAUUACAGGCAAAUUAGCCUCUCUUAGCUCUUCCAAAGAAUGCACCAGCUUUUACUUUGGCCCGCUGUUAUAGCGAUGAAACUUUAUGUUGGUCUACUCACAAGUGUUUGAAAAGGUGAACUGUGUUUUCCCGCAUCCCUGCAGGUUUGUGCUGUUAUUGAUGAGUGGAAAAGUGCAGAUGUCAUGAGUUACCUCUUUCCCAAUUAAACCCACAGCCCCCCCCCCCCACCCCAUCAGAUGCUUUCUCGCUAAAACCAAGAGCCGUCCACCACCAGCAGACGCACGCAAACCCACAGAUAUACCGUUUUACUUUCUGAUAUUUAUAUAUAUAUAUUAUAUUUUCUUAUUUACACUUUUCUUCUCAAAUGUGUUUCCUCUGAAUCCUCUGGGCCUCUUUCUAUCGAUUCAGGAUGUCCGUCGUUGACCUUCAGCUCGCCGGAUGACGUUCUAUCAGAUAAAUUGGACAGAAAAGUCGAGCUAAAAUAAAUGGACCCAUUCUUUUAUCAAACCAAACAGAAAUCGCAUAUUUCAGUUCUGUGAAAUCUGAAAUAGGGGUUUCCUUGCUUUCAAGACCGUGUGUGCCUGCAUUCUGCUUUUUAAAGAUGCACAGGUCGUAUCCUCCCAGAUAUACGUGUUGUGCAACAGGAGAAGUUGCGUCCAAAAAGCUGCAGACAAAAAGGUUUGUUGUGUUUACUUUUCCCUUCUUUGUGCACUUUCACAUACCUGCCAUUUUGUUCUAUGAAGACAUUUGCUAAAUGUUGGCCAUUCAGUCAAGUAACGUCUCUGCUACGUUUUGUGUCUGUGUGCUAAGCUAUCAUCAGCAACAGUCUGAGGAUACAGCUUAAAAUAGCAACAUUUUAAAAGUCCUCACUCCAGCUAUUAAAACAAAACAAAAAUUGCAAAUGAGGUGAAAAUGGAAACUGAUUUCAUUUGUUUAAAAAAAUGGAAUAAAGUGAUUAUGAAAUGGG